AAAAAACGGUAAUUUCGCGCCAAAACAAACAUUGAAUGAGUCCGUAACGUUAUAUCUGAUGCGAACAAUAAGUUGUGACUAAAAAAUAAUUGUGAAAUAAACAUGUCUACUCCAUCUAAACGGCCGUCAUCACGCGCAUCAUCCGAUGCAGCAACUCCUUCUCGCAGAACACGAUCAUCACAACAACUUGUUGUACCGGAAACUCCACAGAGAUCCACUGGUACACCAUCAAAAGAUGGCACUCCCGGCACUCCUCGGAGCACCCCAGGGACCUCACAAGGGCCUCCCCUCACUCCAGCUGAAGCACCCGGGACAUCACCUGCUCGAGGCUUUGCAUCAAGUCCCAUAGGUACAGACAUAGACAUGAGUUCCCCACUCAACUAUGGCACACCCAGCUCCUUGAGUACUCCACGUUCCCUUAUGAGGGGAGCCAUGACGCCAGCCAGACAGAGGGCUGAUCUCAGAGGACACCAGCUUGGGCCAGCCGUGCCAGCGCCCACACCUACUAGAAGGGCGGAAGACGGCGCAGCAGAGGUUGUCUCGAGCGAGCCGCAACUUGUAGUGUGGGGUACCGACGUCGCCAUAUCCGAGUGUAGGGAUAAAUUCAUCAAAUUCAUACAAAGAUUUGUUGAACCAACUGCAGUGAGCAACGAGCCUCUUUAUGAACAGAAAUUGGAAGAGAUCCACAUGCUUGAAGAACCAUUCCUGGAUGUAGACUGUGAACAUAUCAAAAUAUUCGACGCGAAACUACAUCGGCAACUUAUAUGCUACCCACAAGAGGUAGUGCCAGCCUUCGAUGGUGCGGUAAACGAGCUGUUCUUCGAAAAGUAUCCCGCAGCAGUGCUCGAACAUCAGAUACAAGUGCGCCCGUUCAACGCACCUCAACGACACAUGCGGGACCUCAAUCCAGAAGACAUCGACCAGCUGGUGACGAUAUCGGGCAUGGUGAUCCGCACGUCGGGCAUCGUGCCGGAGAUGCGCGAGGCGUACUUCCGGUGCGCGGUGUGCGGCGCGGCGGCGGCGGCGGAGAUCCAGCGCGGCCGCGUGCCCGAGCCCGCGCGCUGCGACCACUGCAACACCGCGCACUGCUUCCAGCUCGUGCACAACCGCUCGCACUUCAGCGACAAGCAGCUUGUCAAGUUGCAGGAGUCGCCAGACGACAUGCCGGCGGGCCGCACGCCGGCGACGGUGAGCGUGAUGUCGCACGGCGCGCUGGUGGAGGCGGCGGGCGCGGGCGAGCGCGUGUGCGUGACGGGCGUGUUCCGCGCGGCGCCUGCGCCGGCCGCCCCGCGCCGCGCCACGCUGCGAGCGCUACAUCAGACGCACAUCGACGCGCUACACUACCAGAAGGUGCACUCCGACAGGCUGCUCGAGACCGAGGAGGGGAAAGAGCAUCGCUUCCCUCCAGAGCGUGUGGAGAUGUUCAAAGCUCUUGCAUCGCAACCGGAUUGUUAUGAACGCCUCGCCCGGGCCAUCGCACCGUCUGUUUACGAAAAUUUGGACAUUAAAAAGGGAAUUUUACUCCAACUACUUGGUGGCACUAAGAAGAAUUUCAAUGCAGCUGGCAGAACACAUUUCAGGUCCGAGAUCAACAUCCUCUUGUGCGGGGACCCGGGCACGAGCAAGUCUCAGCUGCUGCGCUGGGUGUACGGGCUGGUCCCGCGGGCGCAGUACACGUCGGGCCGCGGCUCCUCCGCCGUGGGGCUCACCGCCUACGUCACCAAGGACCCCGACACGAGGCAGCUCGUGUUGCAGACCGGCGCCUUGGUAUUGGCAGAUAACGGUAUAUGCUGCAUUGAUGAGUUUGACAAAAUGAAUGAUUCCACCCGCAGUGUGCUUCACGAGGUAAUGGAGCAACAAACUCUAUCCAUAGCAAAAGCGGGUAUCAUCUGCCAACUGAACGCGCGCACCUCCAUACUCGCCGCAGCGAAUCCCGCAGAAUCUCAGUGGAAUAAAAACAAAACUAUUGUGGAAAAUGUUCAGCUUCCGCACACACUUAUGUCUAGGUUCGAUCUGAUAUUCUUAGUGCUGGACCCACAAGAUGAAGUGUUCGAUAGACGAUUGGCGUCGCAUCUCGUGUCUCUCUACUAUCAGGAUCCCACCGAGGCCCAGGAAGAGGAGGAUGUUGUGGACAUGAGUUUGAUGCGCGACUACAUCGCGUUCGCCAAGGAGAACGUGCAGCCCACGCUCAGCGAGACGGCACAACAGCGGCUCAUCGACGCUUACGUUGACAUGAGGCGGGUCGGCAGCGGUCGAGGUCAGAUAUCUGCCUACCCCCGUCAGUUGGAGUCAUUGAUACGCCUUGCCGAGGCUCACGCGAAAACUCGACUCUCUUCUGUUGUUGAAGUCAUCGAUGUUGAUGAAGCGGCCAGACUCCACCGCGAAGCCCUGAAGCAGUCGGCGACAGACCCGGCGUCGGGUCGCAUCGACGUGGCGAUCCUCACGACGGGCAUGGGGGCGGAGGCGCGCCGGCGCCGCGCCGAGCUCGCGGCCGCGCUGCGACAACUCAUACAGCCCUACACCAAGCCGCACACCAUCACGCACGCCAAGCUGCUGCAGGAGGUCAAUGCUGCUUCGCAAAUUACUGUAUCUCGCGACCAACUGGACGAAGCCCUCCGUGAUUUACAAGACGAAGGAAAAGUUGUUAUCGUCAGCCAUACUCAUCUCCGCCUGUGUUAAGUUUACUAGUUUUAAUUAAAAUAUUUUUACUAUA